UGAUGUCACUGUUUCAGUGUUUUGCUUUUGAUGGCAGAGAGGAGCUCUGCAGACAGCGCAGGUCUGUACCGAGAGAUAGGAGGAAGAAGGAACGAUAGUUCCACAGCACAGCAACACGAUGCCUUCCGAGAAGACCUUUAAACAAAGAAGGAGUUUAGAGCAAAGAGUGGAAGACGUGAGACUCAUCAGGGAACAACAUCCAACAAAAAUUCCAGUCAUCAUUGAGAGAUACAAGGGGGAGAAGCAACUGCCAGUCCUCGAUAAAACCAAAUUCCUGGUCCCUGAUCACGUCAACAUGAGUGAACUUAUUAAAAUUAUCAGGCGCCGCCUACAGCUCAACUCCAAUCAGGCUUUCUUUCUGCUAGUAAAUGGCCACAGCAUGGUGAGCGUAUCCACUCCUAUAUCUGAGGUGUAUGAACGAGAAAAGGAUGAAGAUGGUUUCCUGUACAUGGUAUACGCCUCCCAGGAGACGUUUGGAGUGGAUUAUGCAUAAAAGGAAACCGACUUUUUAUUUGCUUUCUUUUUAAAAAAUAUGGUGGAAUAUAACACAAGCUGCUGAAGCAGAUCUUUCCCAAAUACAUAUUCUAUAGAAACCACACAUAACAUUAGUUUAUUUUAAUAAGGCAAACAUUCUGUUCCUUGUUUUUACUUCUAAAGUUCUUUAUUAGCAAAUAAACCUAAUAACAUUGGUUCUGUCAUGUGAUACUUAAGCUUCACUUACACCGACAAGUUGGGAGUACCUUACCUAUAUGCCUUUAACGGGCAGUUACCAUUGUUACCAUGUAGCAAUAUAAAGGGUACAGUGGUAUUAUUAAGGAAAUAGCCUAUCCUAUGGUCGACGGCCAUCUUCAUAACAAACUGGGAAGAUUUUGUUUUAUGCUUUGUUAUACGCAAGCAGGAACUAAAUCACAGUUUAUCGUGGGAGAGACAAUGAAAUGAAAGGGGUGAAAUGAAAGGCCCUUGGUUUGACACAAAGAUCUCCAUGAGGGCACUUAUACAAAUAUCCAUGAUCUGAAUCCCCAGCCCCCCAUUUGAAUGCUAAGGAAUGGGAAAUAUAAAGUAAAAAAGCUGUUGUAACAGUGACAAUACAUGAAUAUAGAUCUCCAUAGAAUCUAGGUAUGUGAUGAUUCCAGUACUGCUGGUGCCAAGUUCUGGACAGUAAUUUCAUGGGGUGGUCAGCAUCUCUUUUUUUUUUUUUUUGUUUGUUUUUUUUUUGUUCCCAGCUAUUAGAGUGGUCUGUGUGAAUGUGGCUUGGGAAUGAUGUACCAGGCAGGAGUGCUCCUUUAAGCAACAUAUUUCUUCUUAGAUUUUUUCAGUCUUGGGGUACACUACAUUUAGUAACAAGCCAUCUAUGUGUGUGUAGGAUUAUUUUGAAUACAAGUGCAGAUGCAGGCCAUGGCCAGGGGCAUAGCUACAAGCUUUGUAACCAAAAGGGUCCUGGGACGUGAAGGGAACCCCAUCCAAAUAAAUGAUUCCAUCUUUCAACACAGAAAUAUAAUAGUUUGAUGGGAGUAUUAGUCUAACUCCACGUGCAGGAAAUAGGGUUUAUAGGUGGAUAGAAGGUGUGGGCUUAAAACCAUUGUACCCUAAACCAAAGUUUACACAGAGGCCCAUAGUUUUUUAGCUAUGCCCACAGUCACGGCUGAAGACUUCUACAUGAUGUACAUUAAGGGACCUAUUUAUCAAACUGUGUAAAAUAUUUUACACCAAAGUAAUGGUGUAAAAUAAAAUAGCUAUUUAUCAAGCUGUGUUGAUAUGAGGUGCAUCUGUAGACGCAUCAUUGCCUGAUGCGUUUCGGACUCAACUAGUCCUUAGUCAUAGGCUAAAGAAUGAUGCUAGAAAUGCUACACCUUACAGCUUCUGUACCAGCCAACAUGGCCCUUUAGCAGUAAAGAUCUGUGCCUCCAAAGAUGCUCCCAGUUGCUCCCCAUCUUGUUUUCUGCUGACCCACUGCACGUGUUCUGGGCUGCUUUAAGUUUAGGAAAAAAUGCACAAUAUACAGUAUAUGUUGAACGUAAAAGUUACAAUACAAGGCUAAUUAGUAAUUAGUUCAGAUCCACAUUACAUAACAGCACAGGAACCAGUGCAUUAUGUAUUAGAAUUGACUAUGCUCUCUGCUAUGGUGUUGAUCUUUGACCCCUGAAGCUUCUCGAUCGUAGCCCAGAUCACACUGAGCAUGUGCAUGGCCUAGCAGGAUCCAAGAUGGUGGGUUCCUGUGUACAAUGAAGGUUUGAAUUAUUAAAAUUGUAGGGCUGCUGAAACUUUGGGCUGUUACAGUAACUUCAGUAUGUAUUACAGUAUGUAUCAUAUAUAUGAUUAUAUAUAAAAUACUGCAUUUCUAGUCAUUUUCUUAUUUAGGCUUACGAUAAGGCAAGAAAAAAAAUGCUAGAAUUGGUGCAAAUUUUUCUUUACUCCAGAAUUUUGAAGCCAGUUCACAUUCAUUACACACCAUGAUAAACUCGCAAGCUUGUUUUUACACUGCUCGAUAAAUAGGCCCCUAAGAGCAAAUGAUUUUUGAUGCUGAUGUGCUAUGUGACCCCUUUCAUUGGACCUUUAUUGUUAGGGAAAUGUACCCUUGAAUGGCAACAUAAUCUUUUUUUUUUUUUGAAGAUGUAAGUUUAAUUUAGAAAUAGUAAUUAAGAAAUACACUUUCACAAGCAAUAUAUCACUGCAUUUUAUCAGCCAGCACCAGAGCAUUUCAUUUGUUUCUUGUUCAUUUUUGCAUGUCUUUUAUGCCUGUUUUUGUUUUGCUUUUUAUCCUUGUAAACUCUAUAUAACUGACCUGCUUAAAAUCUUGUUGAAUAACUAAAUUGUCUAUAAUCCAUUAUGGUUUUUAUGUUCUUUUACUGUUAUUCCUGUAUAAAUAAAGUUGUUUGAUAUAUA